AUAUCUGGAAAAGGUGUGGAGCGCUGUCAAAUAAAGGAAAGAAGAAAAAAAGUAGAAGAAGGCGAAGAAAACAGAUGGCGAAAAAUGGUGGAGAAAUGUCACGAUAUGAUCGAAACGAGGAUAGAUGGUAUUUUGGGCUCCCGGCGCACAGGAUCGCGAAGCAAGUCAGCUACUAGAGAGCAUAAAAAGACUAGACAGCGUCCAGGUCUUCCAGGCGACUCUGCAAAAAUGCAGACUGGAAUUUACUUGUUAAGUUCGAGAUUCUGAGAGGCUCCACCCGCUUCGUGCGAGGCUUUCUGAUUCCAACUCUUUUUUUUUAGCUUGCGGUGUAUCCCUUACAUGUAUGUCCGAAAUCUCUUGACAUGGUAUUAUGU